UCUGCCGCACCUUCUGUUCACUGAGUUACGCGGGCUUGAGGUUUGCUUUUUAACCAGGCACAUGCGUAGCUCGCAUUACUCUUUCUCGUACUCUCAUUAAGCCCACGAGACGAUGUCGAAGCUUCAAAGGGCUGCACUCAUCAGGUUUCCGGAUAUUGCUUUUCAUGAUAAAAAAAGGCCUCGCCAGUCCACACCAGGAUUCAUACCUAUGUGCCCUAUAUGGAGUCCCGGCACCCAACACUCAGUUGCAUGGUCAAGAAGCUCUCCGUUCAUCGUUCUUCGGUCAUACGGCUAGCUAUGAUGCUCACUGCGACACUAAUGUGGGCGGGAACCAUGCCUGGAGAAUAUCUACAUCUGUUUUUACACGCCGACGCUCUCGGCUGUAAUCAGAGCUCGACAGACGAUGAAGACACAUGUAGUCCCGUCUUUUGUGGUGAUCGGACAAGGUCAACAAGCUGGAGGGCAAAUGAAAUUGCUCAAUGGUACCGACAACGAACUCGAUCUUGUUUGUGGACCUAUUCUAUCGAAGGACAACGCUAUUAUUCUGUUUGGCAAUGAAGCCGCAUAAUUAUGUGCCCUCGAAGCUUUGCGGCACAGAGCAACCUUACAGUUCACGUUUCGCCAUAGGAGACAAACCCCUCGCGCUACUUAACAUCAUGGAGAACUACACUCUGC